AUGGCAUCUGCCCCGCCUUCUGUGCCCCCCACCCAGGGGGGAUCGCUCAAGAAGAAGUUCAACAUUGGCACGCGCAAAUCGAAAUUGGCGCUACUUCAGACGGACAUUGUCCUGGAUGCAUUAAAAAAGGCCUGGCCGGAGUACGAAUUUGAAAUCCACUCCAAGGAGACGGCGGGCGACCAGAACACAAAGAUUGCGCUUCGAGAGUUCACCACCAAAAACCUAUGGACGCAGGAACUAGAGGAUUUGAUGCUUGCGGGGCAUCUGGACCUCAUCGUUCAUUCCCUGAAAGAUGUGCCUACCCUUCUUCCUCCCACAUGCGGACUUGGCGCCGUUAUGGAGCGGGAAGACUCCAGAGACGUCCUAGUUAUGAAGCAGGGGUUGCCCCCUAAGACACUUUCAGAACUACCUGCAGGCUCCGUCGUCGGAACGUCGUCCAUACGAAGGACCGCACAGCUUGCUAGGAAAUACCCCCAUCUGAAGGUCCUCGAUGUUCGGGGAAACAUUGGCACACGACUAUCUAAACUCGACGCAGAAGACAGUCCGUUUACCUGUCUUAUUCUCGCCGCUGCAGGUCUCUUGCGUCUAGGUCUGGGAGACCGCAUUACGCAGUACCUGGACUCCAAGAAUGGUGAAAUGCUGUACGCCGUUGGACAAGGUGCAAUUGGCAUUGAGAUCCGCAAGGAUGACAAAGAUGUGAUUGAAAUGUUGAACAAAAUCGGGCAUAGGGAGACCACGCUUUCCUGCUUGGCUGAGAGGAGCCUGCUAAAGACCUUGGAAGGCGGUUGCAGCGCCCCAUUAGGCGUUGAGACUGAAUGGGUGCAAGGGUCUAACGGAGCGCAGAAGCUCAGGAUGCGCUCUAUUGUCGUCAGUGUAGACGGCAAGGAGAGUUCCAGUGUGGAGAUCGAUGGUGAUGUGAACUCGCCUGAGGAGGCUGAGGCCUUUGGUGUCAAGGUUGCUCAGGAGCUUGUGGCCAAAGGAGCCGACUUGAUUCUUCAAGUUAUCCAACAAAACAAGCAGACAUCAUGA